AUGACAGAGCCACCAGCUUUCCAUCCUGGUCGAUACGAGCUUCUGGUGCUCCUGCCUCAUGAUCCAGAUCUCGACACCCUGAUCAGUCUGAGCGAAGACUGGUGGAACUCGGCUCCUCACAGAUUUCCAGAGCUAUUCGACCGCGAAGAGACGACUUCUGAAGACUGGAGAUCGGUGCUCAACCACAAAUUAAGUCUUGCCAAUCCGGCCGAGACCGCCAAAGUCCUCCUCUGGGCCUUGAUCAGUGCCGAGAGGCUGAGUGAAGAGGUCUUUCAAGGUGGCACUUUCCGAGAUCCUGGAGCUCUAGCUACUUUGGAAAGUCGAAUUAUCCCUACCAUUAACCGAGUAGUGGUCUUCCAGGACGACAUCACAACAACAUUACCCGGUAUAGAAUGCUUGGUACUUUUGGCACGCUACCACUGCAACCACGGCCGACUGCAGAAAGCCUGGCAUCUAUCCCGGCGAGCACUCGAAUACGCCCUCAGCAUUGGUCUUAACCGCGCCGCCUCGAUCGAACAAAGUCCGAUCACGCCAGGUCAAUCGCUUGGUCGACAAAUUGAAGCAUGGGAAGCAAUCUGUGUCCUGGAUCGAUACAUCAGUAUGAUUCUCGGGCUGCCCUAUGGUGUGCGACGUCCAGACCCAGACUUACGAGCGAGAAAUGUAAACACCGUGCCGAGCACUUCACCACAAGCGACAUUCUUUUAUGCCGCCAUGAGCUCUAUCAUUGGCCAGAUUAUUGAUCGGAACCAGGAGCCGCUCGACGACUCUGAUCUCUUUCUCCGAACGCUGAAGACAGAUCAGGAGUUGAAGGAGGUCAUGGACAACGUGAACACGAUUCAGUGGGAUGUUGACCCAAGAUCCUCCGACCCGCCGACACAGGAGGCGUUUGAGCGCAUCGAAGCAUAUUUCCUUAUGCACUUUGUUCAAGCACUACUCCACCUACCGCUGAUGCUGAAAUGUAUCGGCAAACAAGAUAAAGGGGUGUUUGACUUUUCAUACGGCGCCUCCCUCAAAUCAUCGCGUCAGGCGCUGGUCGCGUACAAAUACCUCCGCGUCGGCUUGCGGCUCGACCCAUAUUUAUGCGCAAUGCUCGAUUUUCAAGCAUUCACAAUGUCCGUGCUGCUGACACUACAUUUACUGAGCCAGAGGACCGGAAAUAACUCAGAAUCAAACAGUGGAUUCCAUACUUCUGGAGCACAGGAUGAACGCGACUGGAAAUCCGUCACAGACAUUGCAGGGAUUCUUCGAGCGGAAUCGACAGACAAUCACAAGAGUAUUGUGGCUACGCAGGCCGUGGCAAUUCUGGACGUGCUGUUAGAUGCGCGAGGCAAAGUGGGCGAAAACAUCGAUUUACGCCCUCAAUCCGAGUCCGACGGUAGCGAGGAGUACCAGAAUCACAUCAAGAUGACCAUCCCCUGUUUCGGAGACAUCACCUUUACGCGAGUCACCAAGGGAGCCCCUCGCUUUAGUCUCGGCGCCUCUGCAAAUACGCUGGGUUCCGAUCCUGACACGACCGCUGCAUUCUCGCCACUUACAGAGCAGGGUGAGACAGUCCUCGAUGCGACAGAUCUGUGUGCGAUGGCAAUGUCACUUGAUGACAGUUCAGCGCGUUUUGACGGCAACUGGGACGUGCUCGCUAGCAAUGUGGCCUCUGCAGUGGCGGCAAGCUCCAAAUGA